AUGAGACAGUUGUCCUAUGAUUAGUUUACAUGCCAUACAGAAAUCGAUAAUUAGCCCCUUUUAAGAACUAAUAGUUAAUCUAUAUCCAUCGCUGAUAUACAUACUGCUGAUACAAACAGAAAAUUAUAAUAAAUUGCUUUUGAAUCUAUAGAAUAUUUAUUAUAAGAGGAGGCAGAAGAGAAGGAAUAUAUCAUUCUUUAAAAUAGCAUUCGAUAGUAAUUAGCUAUGCAACUUAAUAUUGAAAAUUUAGCUAAGUUUGAUUUUUCAAAUUUGGAGAACAAAAUACAACUGAUUUUUUAAUGGAUCAUAGUAGUGUUUUACAGGACUAGUAGCGAAAUGUUCGAAUGGAAAUCUUUUAAGGAAAUUUGCAUAAUUGAAGAUAAAGGUGUAGAUUUAAGAAACAGAAUUGGAUUGAAAAACAUAGUUAGAAUGACAAAAUUAGAAUUUGAACUGACAAAAUAAUUGAUGCUAUAUAGACUUAGUAUUGAAUCCAAAAAUAACAAUAACAAAGAUGUUGUUUAAUUUAUAAGUCAAAUUUUUGACAUAAUAUAAAUAAUAAUAAGGACGUUUGAAGCUGGCUAAAAGGUUAUGCGAAUUGAGGAAGAAUUAAUAAGAAGAUAAAUUUAAGAAAAUUAGUCAAAAGAGGAAGAAAAGUGA